AUGAAUUCAGUAGAAUUAACUUCUAACUGCCCUCAUGAAGAGAAUGAAAAAUUAAAUGACAAAUGCAGUCUUAAAGCAGCUAUAAGUGAUUGUGUACAAUACAAAACCCAACUAUCUACUCGAUUCAUUAUCUCAAAUGGGGAAUUGUUUGGAAAGCAGCUUCAUUCACUUCGUCAUCCAAGAACUGGUCGAGGAGCAAUCUAUGCUAUAGGGAACGAAAGAAUAGAAGAGUUACUUAAAUUCGACGAUGGGUUCCGUUCAAUUUUAUUCGGUAAUAACGUGAUAAGUAAUGGUUCAUUGUCUUUCUUGGUUCCAGUAAACCCAGUGCUAUUGUUGUUGCCUUAUUUACGAAAAUACGCGCAGGUAUUGGUCUAUUACUAUUUAAUCAUGAUGGAAUAAGA